AUGGGACUUGCGUACAACGUCUACCUCAACUCUGCUAAAAUAUUUGGCUGCAAGAACUGUAAAACACACCUCGCCGACUUCGACGACAUCAUUUCACGCAAUUUCCGAGGCCAACACGGGAAGGCCUUCCUAUUCUCCACUGUUGUCAAUAUCAAGCAGGCCGAAGCCAUGGAACGCAAUAUGACCACCGGUAGACACAUUGUGAGGGAUAUCAAGUGCAAGCAGUGCGAUGAGACGGUGGGAUGGAAAUAUGAUAAGGCAUACGAGGCUGCAGAAAAGUAUAAAGAAGGGAAAUUCAUUUUGGAAAGCGAGUUGCUCUGCACGGUGACUUGA